AAUCAGGUUUCCGGCGUCUUGGCAAGCUUUUAAACGGACUCCAUCAGCCUGUCUGGUAAUGCUUUAUUAAUUCCUUUUGACCUGGUUAAUUGUGACGUGUUGACACCGUUUUGACAAGCCUGCUGUAUCUAUGCUGUAAAAAAUGUAAACUAGAUUUAAGGGACGGCGUGGCGAAGUUGAUAGAGUGGCUGUGCCAGCAAUCGGAGUGUUGCUGGUUACUGGGGUUCAAUUCCCACCUUCUACCUUCCUAGUCACGUCCGUUGUGUCCUUGGGCAAGACACUUCACCCUUUGCCUCUGAUGGCUGCUGGUUAGCGCCUUGCAUGGCAGCUCCCACCAUCAGUGUGUGAAUGUGUGUGUGAAUGGGUAAAUGUGGAAAUACUGUCAAAGCAUUUUGAGUACCUUGAAGGUAGAAAAGCGCUGUACAAGUAUAACCCAUUAUUUACUGUAUUCUGUGAACAGGUCUUCAUGGCUCCUUCCCAAGCUGUGUGCGUGUGUCUGCUACUGUUGACUGAGCUCCCGGCUUCCUGCCAUAAGUGCAUCUUUGACCAAGUCCAAGCUCGAGUCCGAGUUGUCCGAAGCACACUGAGUCCCCCAGUUGGACCCCCUGGCCGCACAAGAACCCUGCAAAACCCAACAGGACAGGACGAUCCGACAUUCUUUACCUCACCUCAGCCAAUCAGAAUCCAGAGCUGGCUUUCCAGGGAGAGCGAUCACUUGUCAGAGUUGGAGAAAGGACGAAUGAUGGCGACGGUGGACGAGGCUGUGAGGACGAUGACCUCUUUGCUGUCAGUGCAGCGAGCAUCUACGCCGCUGCUUCUGAGGAGGGACGUCACCAAAUACUGCAAGUUUCUUUGGAAGAAUUCAAGCACUAUUAACUACAACAGGUGUGGCAGGGCCAACGGCAAGUACAGGACCGAGACGUGUCUGCAUGUGACGAUCCCAGAUGAGCACCUGGCCGGGUGUGAAGUUCUCCCUGAGGCUGAUUCCACUCGUCGGAUCGUUCUGCGACCACACGGCACUGGCUUACCCAAUGUGGACUUCCUGCUUUAUCUCCACAUUCAAGCCGCUGACAAGUGCAGAGCGGAGCCUAGCCUGUUGGCCUACGCUGCCCACUGCCAGGUGGACACUCGUGGGCGACCUUUGGCUGGCGUGGUGGUCAUCUGCCGGGAUCGACUGACAACACUUACUGUACCGACUGUUCUCCAUGAGCUGUUUCAUGCCCUCGGCUUCUCCAAGGAUCUCUUCCACACAUGGACAGACUGUUCCUCCCAGCAAGUGGGUGCCGACUGUUCUCCUCGGGGCAAAGUGACUCACAGUGAUGGAUCAGGCCAGAUGAGAAUCUACACCCCUUCUGUUAUCUCAGCCUUGCAGAUCCACCUGGGAGCUGUUGAUCCUGAGCUGGGAGGGCCGCUUGAGAACUUUGAUGUACCUGCAGGCGGCGUAUCCUCUCACUGGGAGGCCCGAGUUCUGCAGGGGUCCAUCAUGUUGGCGGUGCGAGACCGUUCUAGCACAGUGCACAUCGACCCAGUCACCUUGGCUGCUUUUCAGGACACCGGCUGGUACACUGUCAACAUGAGCAAGGCUCAAAGUCUGGUCUGGGGACAAGGUGGAGGUGCCAUGUUUGGUUCCAUAUCCACCUGUCUGGAAAACAGCUCAUCUUUUUUCUGCACUGGCAGUGGACUAGGCUGCCAUUACUUACAUCUCCACAAGGGAGAGUGCCAGACCGAUCCUCUCCUGGAUGGAUGUCGGGUCUACAAAGAGCUCAAAAAUGGAAGCGAAUGCUGGAGCCAAGAAAACGAGAAGAAAUCACCAGAAGAGAUCUUUGGCUUGGACAGUCGAUGUUUCUUCUCCAGUCUCACUCCGCAUUUAAGUACCAAGGAUGCAAAGAGUAAAAGUUGUGAACCUAUUCUACGUCCUCUUUCUCAGAACCAGAGUCAGCUACUUGUGUCGGGACGCUGUUACAGACACCGGUGCACUGCUCCAAACAGCUACCAGAUCCAGGUGCAGGACUCGGACUGGCUAGACUGUCCAGCAGGGGGCAGCAUUCAUAUGAGAGGCUAUCAGGGUUCAGUUUUUUGCCCUGACAGGAGGUUGUGUCUGUAUUCAGAUGUCGCUCCACCCUCUCAGGCUGAGAACAUUCCAGUUUUCAUCACAAGGGGUCAAACCAGUGAUCUGGAUGAUGUUUCAGUCCAAGAUGACCCUUGGUCAGCCCACUUCCCUGCUGCUGCGACAACACUUUGCUGCCUUUCAGCGACAGCAUGUCUGCUGGGGGUCCUCAAGCUGGCGUACUGGAGAUGUUACACCCGCUGUUGGGCUAGGAUCCAUGCAGCCUCAGGCGACGUUUAGUCACAGAACACUACCUCUUUGCUCUUUGAUUAUCAUUAAAUCUACCAAAGAAGCAUCCAGAAUAUUUUACAAACAUUUUGGUUAUCUUUGGAAAAUACGGGCUUUUAUAUUCUCAUUUUUUCAGAGAAUAACAACAAAAAUUUUAAUGUUUGUACAUAUAUAAAUG